AUGGGAGUUCCACGGGCUAUCGAGGCUCUGAGCGAACGAGCGGCGUCUGUACGAGACGCGCUCCAGAAGAGCCAGAUGAUCACCGACGGCAUGGUCGCCAUUCUCGGCUCGUUCGACCACCGCCUCUCUGCUCUCGAAACCGCCAUGCGUCCUACUCAGAUACGAACGCAUUCGAUUCGAAAGGCGCAUGAGAAUAUCGAUAAGACGUUGAAGGCGGCGGAUGUUAUAUUGGCGCAAUUUGAUCUUACUCGCAAGGCUGAGGCUAAAAUACUGAGAGGACCUCAUGAAGAUCUUGAGAGCUAUCUUGAAGCAAUUAACCAGUUGAGAACUACUGUCCGCUUCUUUAGCAGCAACAAAAAUUAUAAGAGUAGUGAUGGAGUGCUUAACCAUGCAAGCAACUUGCUUAUAAAAGCUAUGCAUAAGCUAGAAGAUGAGUUCCGACAGCUUCUCGUAAAUUACAGCAAGCCUGUAGAACCUGAUCGUCUUUUUGAUUGCCUUCCCAACUCUCUGAGGCCGUCAUCAACACCAAGUGGACACAAAAAUGAUUCAAGUGGCAAGAGUCAAUCUAACCACAAUAACAAACAACUACAAGCUGCAGUUUACAAACCAUUAACUCUUAUUCCACCCAGGGUUCUGCCAUUACUCCAUGACUUGGCCCAACAAAUGGUUCUGGCCGGCAGUCCACAAGAGCUACUGAGAGCGUACAGGGACACUCGAGCUUCAGCUUUAGAACAGAGUCUUAGAAAACUAGGUGUAGAGAGGCUAAGUAAAGAAGACGUCCAGAAAAUGCAGUGGGAGGUUUUGGAGGCCAAGAUUGGAAAUUGGAUCCAUUUCAUGCGGAUAGCUGUCAAACUACUUUUCUCUGGUGAAAGGAAAAUCUGCGAUCAAAUCUUUGAGGGUGUUGAUUCUCUUCGUGAUCAAUGUUUUGCUGAAGUUACUGCAAAUAGUGUGUCUGUGCUCCUCAGUUUUGGCGAUGCUAUUGCAAAAAGCAAGAGGUCUCCUGAAAAAUUAUUUGUUCUUUUAGACAUGUACGAGAUAAUGAGAGAGCUUCAGUCAGAGAUUGAAACACUAUUUGGAAGUAAAGCAUGCUUUGAAAUGCGGGAAUCUGCAUUAAAUCUAACAAAGCGGCUAGCCCGGACCGCCCAGGAAACAUUCGGGGAUUUUGAAGAUGCAGUAGAAAAAGAUAAUACAAAAACUGCUGUCCUCGACGGAACCGUCCAUCCUUUAACCAGCUAUGUGAUCAAUUAUGUCAAAUUCCUAUUCGACUACCAGUCCACACUGAAGCAACUUUUUCAAGAGUUUGACAGUAGUGAUCCUGAUGAGCAGUUGGCUUCUGUAACUACGAGAAUUAUGAUGGCUCUCCAGAAUAAUCUGGAUGGAAAAUCCAAGCAGUAUAAAGAUCCUGCUCUCACGCAGUUAUUUCUUAUGAACAACAUCCACUACAUUGUGAGAUCUGUGAGGAGGUCGGAAGCAAAGGAUUUGUUGGGAGAUGACUGGGUGCAGAUACACCGAAGGAUUGUCCAACAGCAUGCAAAUCAGUACAAGAGGGUUUCUUGGGCAAAGAUUCUUCAAUGCGUCACUGUUCAGAGCCUUGGUUCUUCAGGCAGUGGUGGCGGGAUGGCAGGAGGCGAUAAUAGUGGCUCCGGCGGACUUUCUAGAGCAAUGGUGAAGGAUCGGUUCAAGACCUUCAACAUCCAGUUUGAGGAGCUUCAUCAAAGGCAAUCUCAGUGGACAGUUCCAGACAGUGAAUUGCGAGAGUCUCUUAGGCUGGCUGUUGCUGAAGUUCUCUUGCCUGCUUACCGAUCUUUCAUCAAACGUUUCGGGCCUAUGAUCGAGAAUGGAAAAAAUCCUCAGAAGUACAUUAGAUACGCUCCUGAGGAUCUUGAGCGAAUGUUGAACGAGUUCUUUGAGGGCAAGACCUGGAGUGAGCAAAAGCGGUAAAUAUUGUAUAGCAAUUAGGACCUGUUUGUUUAACCUUAAGGCACUUGUCAUCAACACAACAUGAGGUGAAAUUUAUGAGCGAUUUUAUACAAUCUGUGCCGAUCAGAUUUUAUUCCUAAUUCCAAGUAAG